GCGAGAUUUGUGGCCAUCGCGAUAUCCCUGCGGGUGGUUGCCGCGAUACGGCGGCGCUGCCUGGCGGCUGAUGGCGGUCGAGGGCUGCGAGAGAAGUUAAAAAACGAAUAUGGCCAGCAGUAACAGACCUCCCACAGCUCGUUCUUCUUCAAGAGCAGGAAUAGGGCUGACCUCUUCAUCAAGGCCUGCCUCUUCAUCAAGGACUCCGUCAGCAGGCAGAAUAGGAACAGCGAUGCCUCCUAGUACAGCAAGACCUGGUUCUCGUGGUGGUUCUUUGACUCCUGGAGGAGUCUUAUCAUCUCAGGUUAAAGUUGCAGACCGUCCAGUGACUCAGCAGGGAUUAAGUGGAAUAAAAACUGCAAUGAAAGGUCCUCAGAGACAGAUAAUGGAUAAAACAUACUACCUUGGUGUGCUGAGAAGUAAAACAAAUGAACUUACAACAGAAAUUAACAAGCUGCAGGAAGAAGUAGAAAUGUACAAGCAAGAGAAAUCUGUCUAUUUGUCCUAUGAAAAACGGGCAGAGGCUUUAGCUGGUGAAAUCAAAGAUUUUCAAGGUCAACUAGCAGACUACAACAUGGUUCUGGAUAUACUUAACACCAGUACAGAUAUGGCAGAAGUGAUCCGUGAUUACAAUAUGUUAAAGGUUCAGAAUGACCGAGACAUUCAGAGUAUGGAUAAAAUUUUCACAGAAAGACAAGUCACAGAAAAGUUAAUUCAAGCUGUAGAAGAAGAUAUCAAGCGUGAAAAGGUUGUGGCAGAUGACAUAAUGAAAGACACGUCGCAGGAAAAUCAAGCUAAAUACAUGGAGAUGAAAGCUGCUAAUGAAAAACUCUCCCAGGAAUUGAUUGUUCAACAGCAGGAAUUGGAUGCACUAAAUGUAGAGGAAGAGAGUCUAGGAGCUGAAAUAGCACACUCUGGGGUGAAACAGAAAGCUGUACAGAUGUAUGAAAAGCUCCACGAGCUCAAGGAACAUCGAGAUAAAAUGAUUGCUGAGGAUAAGAACGUGGAGUCUCCACAGGAGGAAAGAGAGAGAUUACUAAACCAGGUUAAAGAUGAUAGUCAAAAAAUUGCAAGCAUGGAAAGACAGUUGGCAGAAGUAAAAGGAAAAAUAGACCAUUUUAAAAAGGUCAUUCAACGACUUGAUAUGGAUCUGGAGAACCAUCGAGAAGGAGAAGAAAAUUGGAAAUACAAGGAAUUGAAGAAGAGGGAAGAAAGCAUGGACAAUUUUCUUGAGACGUUUGAGGAUGUGAAGAGUCAGGAAUUGGAACGAAAGGCCCAAAUAGAAGCCAACGUUGUUGCGCUCCUGGAGCUUACCAGCAGGAAUCUGAAUCACAUGAAACAAAUUUCAUCUGUUACCAAUCAAGAGCUGAAGAUUAUGCAGGAAGACCUCACUUUCAAAUCAAAUGAAAUGCAGAAAUCACAGAGCACUGCUAAGAGUCUGAUUACAGAGAGUCAAAAACUGCAGAUGGACUUACAGAAGAUGGAACUUCUGGAGGGCAAGAUGGUUGGUGAACUGGCUUCUCUUAAAGACAAAAUUGAACAGACAAAAGCAGAGUUGGAGAUCUACAAUAAUUUGCCAGCUCUGAAAGCAUCAGGAGAAGAAAAGAAAAAGAAACUCCAGGAUGACAAAGAAAAGUUAACAAAAUGCAGCCAUGCUUUUAAGAAAAUAAUGGAGCAUUUGAAUGCACAGUAUGAGACACUAAAGAAGGAGCUGCAAGAAAAUGAGACGCAUUCUCAGCUUACAAAUUUGGAGAGGAAGUGGCAGCACCAUGAGCAAAAUAACUUUAUGAUGAAGGAGUUCAUAGCAACAAAAAGUCAGGAGAGUGACUACCAACCAAUAAAGAAGAAUGUGAAAAAGCUGGUCAAAGAAUACAACCAAGCUCUCAUAGAAGCUUUGCAGAACACCAAGAACUGAACCUAGGCAUUUCCUUCCUGCCCGAAUGGGCCAACAAUGAGAGAUGUGCAAAGGCCGCAUGGAAAGCUGGACUACUGAGAUCAUUCACUCACCACUAGGGUGACAGAUAUUCUUAAAAUUAUUUUACCAGGUUUUUAGAAGUUACAGGUUUUAAUACUAUCCCUCCUUUUGCAAUGUUUAAAAUUUUUAGAAAUAAACAUCUGAAUUUUAGAAACAAAAAGGAAAUACUGCCCAAUGAGUUACUGAGGCCCAUUGCUGAAUUGCAUCUCAAUGUGAAAUUUUAGUCUGGUUUACACACUGAAUUUCUAAUUGCCCUGUAGUCCUACCCCUUCCAAACAGAACAGGAGGACUGCUUGACAGGUUGUCAUAUGCAUUAUCUUAAAUUAAGUGUGUAAUAAGCUAAAUGGUAAUACCAGCAUACCAUACCUAUAUAGAUGGCAAUUUAUACCAAGUAAGGAAAGCAUCUAAGGAUGACAAGUGUCUUUUAAAGUCAAAAUUGCUUCGUAGUGUAAAAUCUUAAAAUAAAAGCAAAUGCCAGUAAAUUGUCAUUUCCUAA